UCUUCUUCGAAUUGUGGAGACUUGGCUACUGCUGACGAUAUAGAAAUGGCGUUAGAUUACGCAAGGGACAAUAUGUUAGACCCAUAUAUUGCCUCAUAUAUAGCUGUUCCAUACCUAUUCAAUCGGCUGGCUUCACCGUUUCAAGAUAUUAGGCCAAACAUCAGUGUAAUGCGACUGAUACAUAUCUCUUGCUCUGUGGAUUGUUGUGACGAGGAAUAUGACAAGAUAUGCUGUCGUGUUGUUCAAUCGCUAAUUUCAUCAAGAUUUAUUCGCAAUGUCUGCUUGUGGUUUGGAUAUCCGGCUAUUGAUGAAUCUGGCUUGUGGAACGACGACUUAAGUCAACUGCUUGUCUCUAUCAUGGAUUUAUUCAUAAUUAUUGAUAAGUAUGAUGGUAACAGCGAAGAAAUUUUGGGUGCUUGGAGAACGUACUUUGAUCUCCUCAAUGCGCUUCCAGUAGAAUUCUGGCGACAGAUGCCUGCAAGGAACUGGCUAGAAGAGAUGGCGCGCCGCCUUGAGCAUCUGGGUAACAGUCGAUCGCAUAAUGUGACCUCACAGAUCUAUGAAUCUAAUUCUGCACGUGAAAAAUCUCUUCGAACUGAAGAAGUUCCGGGAAUGAAGCAAAAUGAUGUUCUUGAAGAAGUCUUUGCUCCAGCUCUUUGGGAAGAAUGCGAAAAACGGCCACCUCCUUGUGAUUAUCGUGAGCUGUGUGAGAUGCCAGUCAUGAAGGACAUAUGUAAUGCAGAGGCUUCGUAUCUGCGACGAGCAAUCAUAAGUGGCCAUUACCAAGACGCUGCACACUACCUCGAUGUACAGUUUCGAUUAUUCCGAGAAGACUUAGUUAGUCCGCUCAGGGAUGGGUUAGCUGUCUAUAAACUCAACGGUAAAGUAUCACUCUAUAACCUUUUCAACACGCCGGCUGGACAUAUUAAGUUGUGA